CUGUCAACUAUACCCCCUUGUCCUAAAGUCUUAUCACGAUAAUCAUGUCUUGGUACGAGAAUGCCAAGCAAACUGGUAAAAAUGAGGGGAGGUGGGAGGCUCUUCAAGAGCUCAGGAAGAAAGAGGGAGAGGCAGCCAACAAGACCAAGCAGGCCUGCAUGGAGGAACUGGCGAAGGAGGACCCAAAGAAUAUCUACUACUCUUCGAACUUAAUCAGAGACUUUCUUGCCGAUUUCUAUAAGGCAGACUAUGAUGGUGAUGGGCGUGUUAGCCUGCACGAGCUAUGCCAGCUCUGGCGGCCCAACGACGAGAAAGCUUACAAGAAGCUUGAAGAAGAAUUCAAAGCAGUGGAAGUGACAGGGGACGACAAACUCACCCUUGCCGAAUUCUUUAUUCUCGGAUUCCUUGGAGACGACCGCAAGAAUAACUACCAGUCUGCUAAGAAGGUGGACUCGUAA